AUGCAAUUUCAAAACGAUAAUGAAUUUAAAUCAACGAAUGAUACACCUAAUUAUUUCUAUAAAAGUCCACCUAGUGGUUUAGUAUCAAUCAAUGACUUUAAUAUUAUAGCUUAUGAGCGCUUGCAAAUUUUAUAUGCCAUUGAAAUUAAUGGCUUCCGAUUUGGUAAAUAUUCUACAGCAUAUUAUGAUGCCCUUGAUAACGAAAUUCGUAAGAUAAGAAAAGAUUUGACAAUUAAAUAUGUUCAUUUACAAAAAUUCUCUGAAGAUCUUAGAGAUCAUUUAUCCCACUUUAUAUUAAGAUUAUGUUUUUGUAAAACGGAAGAUCAAAGGAAAUGGUUUAUAUCAAAUGAAGUUGAAUAUUUAAAAUAUAAAUUAAAUUUUCAUGAUAAAAUAUCAAAUUCACAAUAUAUGAAAUCCAUAAUGGAACAUGAAAAUUUAAACUAUAUCCCUUUAACUCUUGAAGAAAAGGAAUUUCUUUUAAAAAAUUUAAUAAAUUCUACACCUAAAUCUUUGAACAAUAAAUUGAAAGAUAAGGAUACUGAUAUAUUAAAGGUUCCAUUUAUAGAAAUACCUGAACUUAUUAGAAAAAGAAGGGUAUACAUCAACAAAGGUUGGGCCUAUGUACCAAAAUACGAACUAAUACAUAUAAUUAUUAGAAGAUUCAGGAUCUAUUUGUCUUAUAUUUUAACAUAUACCCGGAAUUAUAUUUCAAAAAUAAAGGAUAAACGAUUACUAUCUUUAAUUGAAGGAGGGGAACAAAUGUAUAAUGGAGCUGCUGAUAAUGGGAAAUAUCAACAAAAAACAAUAAGUGGUGAUAAUUUAACUAGUAAUGACAUAGAAAAAAUUAGUGAAAGUUUUCCACUAUGCAUGUUAAAUCUUCAUAAAAAUUUACUGAAAGAUCACAAAUUAAAGCAUUGGGGUCGUAUGCAGUAUGGGCUUUUUUUGAAAGGAUUAGGCUUGCCAAUGAGUGAGGCACUUAAAUUUUGGCAAAAUGAAUUUAUCAAAGUUAUAUCCUUAGAAAAUUUUCAAAAACAAUAUUCUUAUAAUGUUAGACACAUGUAUGGAAAAGAAGGUAAAAAAGCUGAUUAUACACCUUAUAAUUGCAUAAAAGUCAUCAUGGGUGCAACUCCAGGUCCUCAAGAUUUCCAUGGUUGCCCAUUUAAGCAUAUGGAUGUAUCUGUCCUGAGACAAAAUAUAAAAUAUGAAACAAAUCCAUUUCAACGCUCAAAAUUCAAUAAAAUUAGUGAUACACAAAUUGAAGAAAUAGUUUCACUUGCACAAUCUUCACAUUUUCAAAUCGCAUGUUCUAGACACUUUGCAUAUAAACAUAAUAUAACAAUGGAAAAAGCUCCAGCAAUUAACCACCCCAAUCAAUAUUUUGAGGAAAGUCAAAAAAUUUUAGUUGUACAAAUUAGUUGAUCCAUUUAUAUUGAAUUAUAAUGUAAUUUUUUUUAAAUAUUAUGAGGUUUAAUAAAUUUUAAAGCAUGAGCAAAUAAAUUGUAUAAAUAU